AUGUCGACGCCGGCUACCUCUGUCGACAUGAAAAACAGUCAAUCGCCCUCGCCGUCUGCCCCAUCGACGCAAUCCAAUGCCAACUCGAGGCGUCCGCCGCGUAAGAGCACUCUAACGCAGCAGCAGAAGAACCAAAAGCGACAGCGCGCCACCCAGGACCAGCUGACGACGUUGGAAAUGGAAUUCAACAAAAACCCUACCCCGACUGCAAAUGUCCGGGAGAGAAUCGCGGAGGAGAUCAACAUGACCGAAAGGUCUGUUCAGAUCUGGUUCCAGAACCGUCGUGCCAAGAUCAAGCUUCUCGCGAAGAAGAGUCUAGAGACUGGUGAAGAUAUUGACUCUAUCCCCGAAUCAAUGCGAGCAUACCUGGCCAUGCAGGCCAUGGAAUCUGGUAAAGGUCUCGGUGGUCCUUACAUGGGACGCACCGGUCUGUUACCCUAUGGAUCGAUGAUGUUGGGCGGUGAGCAGGGUGGACAGGGCAAAGUCCUCAUUCACCACCUAACCUGCCGAUCCUUGAGCAUUGGAAAAUGGACGCGUGUUGGACAAAACACCAUGGAUCUUAUCAUCUUCUAUUCCCCUGAGAAGUGUACCAUGACUUACUACAUCAACAACGAUCAGGCAGGAUACAAAAUUGAAUACAACUUCAACGCCAUCAAGAACAUCUACUUGGAGAAUCCCGAGGGCGAUGCCACCAAGUUGGGCGGAAUCGUCAUCGAGUUGAACCGACCACCGAACUUCUUCAUGGAUUCGUCACCAAACUCGAACGGCUUCUUUCAAUGCGGCGACUUUACUGAAGAUCAGCAAGCUACUCACUGUUUGGUUCAUCACCUGGGUGGUAAUCCAAAGGUGCUUAGCGGCCAGCUUGCCAAACUCGCCUCUCUAGAGUCUUUCACGAAUCGCCACAACCAGAACCCAUUCGACUUAAACCACGCCUUGUCAGUUUCGGCCCCGGUGUCUCCUACGAACCGGCCUUCGUCGCAGCCUAGCUUCGGCCAGCCUCAUGUUGGUAUGUACCAGGAAUCCCAAUGGGGCAUCAGCCCAAUGCAGCCUGGUAUGCGUGGUCCGGGUCACAAGAGACAGCGUAGUCGUUCGGUACCCACAGCUGUCGACUUCUCCAUGUUCCAGAACCCGAUGCCCUCGUUCUAUAUCCAGCACCCCGGCGACAACCAAGGUCAGCCGCAUAGUCCCAAUAUAUAUGCGCCCGUUCCGCAACAGCCUAAUGGUCUUCACAACGUUGGUCCGAAUUUGCGCAUCGAUACGCAGGCUUCGUACGGCAUGGAUAUGAGGCAAUAUCCUCUAUCUGCUACCACAGCUCCGUCAGAGUAUUCAAGCCCGAAUUAUUUCUCACAGGCCCCAGAGAAUACGCCAUUGCCCGCUUCGAGCUUUAACACUCCAUACAGUGGCGCCUUCCUCUCCCCAUUGCCUCAGAUUCCGCAGUCUGUAUCUCCGUUGUCGUAUACUAGUCAUGGUGACCCGGCUAUUGUUGAGCAGUCGCCCCCGCUGUCUAUGUUACAACGGCCAGCUUCAGCUGAUUUGUAUGGCAUGGGUGAGUCUGCCAUUUCGGAUGACGGACACAGUCUGAAUGAGAUGUAUUCCAAACACACUAUAAACAUGCCGAUGCACCCUCACUCGCCUGGCUUCGUGGAAUCCGGCCAGGGUGAUCUGGAUAUGAGCCAACUGGUUCAGUUUGACACAGUCGAUCCAUCCAGCCUAUCUCCUGAGAACAUGGGGCAUCCCCAAUGA